UUCGUAGGCCAGGUAAGCUUGUUCGCUCAGGUAAGUAAGUACCGUUCGUCCAGCUACGUUGAACACCAGUCACGCCACAACCUUUGCUGUGUCAAGUGUAUGGUAGUCGAGAAGAGAGAACUGCUGAAUCUUUCUAGUCGACGACCAGCGUCUUCUUCUUCUUCUUCUUCUUCUUCUUCUUCUUCAUUAUCUUCUUUUCACUGGAAUUCAUUCGACGAAAAGACGAUUUUCUACUUUACGAUUUGGAAUAUAAAAAAGCAACAGAUUAAAACACAUCUCUCCGUUUAUUGAUAAGACACAUGCCAAGGAUGAUGUGGCUAGUACUGUCCAGAACAUGGUUCCUAUUUUUUCUGCUAGCAGUUGGUCGUUGCGAAACCGAUGACAACAAUCAUGACAUGUCUAGCGCUUUUAUCGAAGCUGCCAAGACAUUUCUAACGGAUAAAGAUGCGGUCGGUGGACUGAAGAAUGCGGCAAGUGCUUUCGUACAAUCGGACGUUGGCAAGCAGAUCAGUGAUAGUAUAACGGGAAACGUCAAAUCCGAGGAUAAUGGAUUAGAACAGAUACUUUUGAAAGUUGGUAAUAUGUUAACCAACGAUGGAAACGAUCCUAAUGAUAUAUCUUGGGGUUCAUUGAUAAAUACUUUCUCAUCGAUGACUGGAUUAGCUGAUAAGAAAAGGACAGCCAGAAAUGUACCGGAUAACCAAGAAGAACAAGGAAUUAGUUUUGAAAAUAUGAUCAAUUUUGGUAGCAUGUUGUUGGGACAACAUGGCAACGGUGAAUCAUUAUUAGGUUUUUUACCUAUGAUCAUGGAUACUUUUAAUAAUCCCGGUUUACCAGGUGAUUCUACGAAAAAACACGAUCAUUCAGGACAUUCGUGGUUCUUGCCACCAAUUAUGGAACAUGUUCAUGUCAUGUGGGAUCAUUUCAGUAAUUCCGAGUUGGCUCAUGCCAUUUGGAAAAAGAGCGGUCUGUCGGAAUUCGUCGCACAAAUGUCGGACGAAAAGGGUAACAUAGAAUACGAGAAAAUUCUUGGAAGUUUUGAAAAUCCUUCGUUGCGUAGACGUUGGAUCAAAUUGUUAACUAAUUUUGUUGCCGAAUGGAUAGCUCAUGUUUCCGAUCCUGUUACAAGACAACGUUACUUGACGACUAUCCAAUUCGUUGGUAACAGUUUUCUCAAAUCUCAGGGAUAUCCAAGAUCAGUCAUGUUCGAUGCUAACAAACCAACCGAAAGCAUUUCUAGAUUGUUGAAUGUUGCUGCAAGGAAACAUUUAAAUAUGAAGAUAGAUAGUAGUCAAUACGUUAGACCAGCAAUAGCUUACAUUCAAGAACUCGUCAAUUUGGCUUCUGAAAAAGGUUUCAUUAUGUCAAAAAUAAGUGCCAGAGAACUCAGUAACAAAUUGAGUGAUACAAUCAAUAACGAUAUAGUUGAACCUAUUCUAAGAUCUCAUCGUGCAUACAAAUGGGCAAUCAAAGAGCCACAAUGCGCUACUCAAAUACUUUGUACGUUAAACAAAAAGAAUGAAAAUGAUGUACCAAUGUUACGUACUACGAUAACGAAAAUUGUAAGUUUUCCAACAGCUUGGUUAGUUAGUAAUAAAAUAAAUGUUAACUUUUGGGCACUUUACGGAUCAUUGAUGGAACACGAUGGAUGUAUCAACAAAUAUCCAGCCGAUUGUACGUCAUUCCACGAAGAAGAAAUCCGAGUAACUACCGAAAAUAUAGAGCACAAUGAACUAUGAAAAUUUCGUGAUAAGAACGUCGUAUACCAGCAAUGGAACACCACUGAGCUUUUCCUCCAAUAAUAACUCCGAAAGUUCCUGACCUGUUUCUUCUAAUCUUGUGAUAUCUGCA